AUGGCCGACAACCCUUCGAUCGUAUCUUCAGAUCAAGCAUCAACACAAACUGGUUAUGCUCAUUAUCUAGAAUUGGGUCUUUACAAAUCAGGUUUAAAGCUUUCACUACAAAACAGCGAUAGAUCACAUUUCAUCCAUUUUGAAGACUUAAGCGUCACUCCUGAUUAUGCUCCUCAAGGUCAACAGAUCGCUUCGUUGAAUUCAUUAGGUUUGGUGGGGUUUGUGGAUCUAGGUCCCGGCUAUAUCAUUGUUAUCCAUACUCAAGCUCCAGUUUUUGAACAUAAAGAUGUAACGAUUUGGAACAUACUCAAGAGUUUGGUAAUACCUCUGAAAUUUGAUUUAGCAAAGAAAUUCUUCAAGAUCGAAGAUGGUGUUUUAGAUGAAGAAGAUGAGGCUUCAACUGAACCAGAUGAAAAUCAAAAUGAACUUCAACAAGAUCCACAAUCUCCAAAUACUGUUGGUGAGAAAAUCAAUCAAACAAAAGAUAUUUUUUUCAGUAGGCUUGGUGUUUACGUUAAUGAUCUUAAAUCAAAUCCUUCACUUUCCAUCUCAAACAAGAUUGUUAACCUAUUGGAAACAGAGAAUGAAUCAGAUGAGAUUGAUGAAAAUGAUUUAAACUCAAUAAAGUUGAAAAGAUCAAUCACCAUUAGAGGUAUUCCUAAAGAUUCAACACCAAAGAAACAAAACAAACUUACAAAGUUUGUUGAUAAGAUCAAACAACAACAAUUGGAUCAAAAAGAACAAAGGUACAACAUAUCAAAUAGUAUGCUUUAUAAAUUUGAAAAACAGUUGCAGUAUUUCUUCAGUUCAAGGGAUUUUUUUUAUUCAAGAGAAAUCAAUUUAACAAGAGAUAUAAAAUUUGAAAAGGGAGAACUAGUAACUUUUGAUGAUUCAAAGCAUAAUUCAUUUCAUUUUAAUCAUUCAAUUACUCAAAAAUUCAAAGAUACAGAUUUAUCAUUAUCAUUAAUACAAGGCUUUGUGGGAUCCAUUGAUAUAGAUUUAAAUUUGAAUGGUUCUUUAUCAUCAAGACAAGGGAAAUUACUUUUAGUAUCUAAAAGAAGUACCAAAAGAGCAGGUUCUAGAUAUCUAAGAAGAGGUAUAGAUGAUCACUCAAAUGUUGCGAACUUUGUAUCAACAUCUCAAAUAUUACUAACUGAAUUGAAUUCAGGGCCGCUAUGUGCUAAAUUUGAUAUCAUUAGAGGUUCAAUUCCUUUAUUUUUCCAACAAAACCCUGCUUUCCUAAAACCAAUACCCACAUUAACAAGAAGUAUUGAAAAAUGUGAAAAGCCAUUCAAGGAACAUUUUGAAAAUUUAUUGGAAAAAUAUGGUUCUGUUAGUUGUAUUUCCUUGGUGGAACGUUCAAAUAGAGAAAAGGAAAUUGGUGAAGCUUAUGAAAAUUUAGCGAAAAAGGAUAAUAUUGAAUUCACUUGGUUUGAUUUCCAUGAAGUUUGUAAAAAAAUGAAAUUUGACAAUGUUUCCAAAUUAUUAAAUUAUCCAAUUGAUAAUAAUGAAUCUGAUUUGACAAUUGAUGAACAAUUGGAGAAUUAUAAAUGGUGUGAUAAUAUCACUGGUGAUGAUCAAUUAGGUAUUCUAAGAGUUAAUUGUAUCGAUUGUUUGGAUAGAACAAAUAUUGUUUCGAAAUAUGUUUCGGAAACAAUGUUAUUACAACAAAUUUUACCACAACAUGAUUUAACUAUUGAUAGCUUACCUCAAUUUCAAAAAUUAUACAAUAAUUUAUGGGCUGAUAAUGGUGAUUUUAUAUCUAGACAAUAUGCUUCAACUAAUGCCCUAAAGGGAGAUUAUACAAGAACUGCAAAGAGAAAUUAUAAAGGUUUAUUAAAUGAUGCCUUUUUAACAAUGUCAAGAUAUUAUUCAGGUUAUAUCAGUGAUUAUUUUAAACAAUGUGUGGUGGAUUAUUUAUUAGGUCAUAAGAAUCAAGAAAUUUUUGAAGAAUUUGAAAGUACAUUGAAUGUUAUUGAUCCUAAUGAAAUCAAUGAAAACUUGAAUAAGAAGAAUUCAUCUUUAAAAUUCAUAAUUGAAGAAUUAGGAAUAUUGAAAUCUAAAGGUGAUGAUGAUGGUUGUUGUGAAGAUGAAGAAGAUCUGAUAUUGGUUGGUUCUUGGUCUGGAUUACAAUCUCCAAUGGAUUUCAAUACUUUAAAACUUGGACAAACCUUGAAUGACAUUUCAUUAAUCGUGACGAAUAAAGUGAUUUUCUUUGUGAAAUUCAAUGAGUCUGAAUCCAAAAUUGAAAAAACAAUCAAGUUAAGAGUUCAUGAUAUUAAAGAAUUAAAUUAUGGUGUUUUCAUAACUUCCACUCAUAGUUCACUAUCAUUAAAUCCCAAGAGAAACAUUGGUUUGAAGUUUGUCUUCACCUCAGAUGUUAACACAAGUGAUGAAAUAGAACCAACUAAUGAUUACUUGGUGGUUAAAUUCCCAAUGGAUAUGGAUUAUGAUAAGGCAAAAUAUAUCAUUGAAUUGAUUUCGAAAACUUGUCAUUCAAGUACUUUAUCUAAUGUGGAUUUGAUGAAUGAGGAAGAUGCAAAGAAGAACACUAAUAUAAUACAGAACUUAGAGUAUAGAUUUAAGAAAUUGGUUUGGGGUUAA